AAUGCAAAUUGAGUUUUCAAGCAAAACAAUUAUUCGGAUAUGCUCGGAUCAGUGACGAUCAUCGGAAAAAACAAACGCUGCAAUUGGAUUACGGUAUUUUGCUUAGCCAAUCAAAGAUUGCGAUUAAAACAUGCAGCAAAAAAUGGUAGCUGCCUGGAAAAUAAGGAAGUAACUAAACUCAUUAUUAAAAAAACUUCAAAAAAUGUCAUUUUUUAAUUUAGGCCUUCCUGGCAUUGGAAAGGAACAAGACUUACUUGAUGCUGCGCGUGUAGGAAAUUUGUCUACAGUGGUCAAAUUAUUAUCUAGCAUCAAACAUGAUAAGGCAAAAAGAUCAAAAGUUGACAGAUUAACAAGUUUCCUGAAAACCCUGAAUAUCAACAUUACAGACAAGAACGGCUACACCCCACUGCAUCAAGCAGCUGUCAAUGGUCACAGGGACAUAGUAGAGGCCCUUCUGAAGGCUGACGCUGAACCUGGCCUGGAAGACAACCAGGGAUGCACGCCUGUGCAUCUCGCUUCAUGGAGUGGGAACCCAGAAAUUGUCAUGCAGCUCCUCAAUGCUGGGACCCAGCCAGAGUCUGCGGUGGAACCGGUACAGGUCAACCACCAGAAUAAGAAUGGUGACACAGCUCUGCAUAGCGCUGCUCAGUAUGGCCAUGUGGCGGUGGUAGAUGUACUUUUGCAGAAAUCGGCCAACCCAACAAUCCGCAACAUUGAGAAUGCCUCCCCGCUUGACUUGGCUGCCCAAUAUGGCCGCUUGGACGUCGUGAAACGACUGUUGAUUUCACAUCCCGAGCUGGCCAAUCGUCCGUCAAGCGUCCAGUCCCCACUGCACCUCGCGUCUCGAAACGGACAUACUGACGUUGUCAGCCACCUGCUAGAUAAUAAGUUUGAUAUCCAAACAAAGACGGAGUACGGCACUGCGCUUCAUGAAGCCGCGCUGCACGGGAAGCUGGACUGCGUCCGUCUCCUGCUAGGGUGCGGAGUUGACGUGAACGCGAGAGAUGGGCACGGACAGACGGCACUUGAGCUGGUCAGUGCACACUGCAUGAAGCAGAAGUCCUUCACAGAGAUCACAAAGGCUAUUGCGGAUCACAUUGAGCGGUCUUCUCCACCACCCCAUGACAUUGGCUUGUACGAGAGUCUUGCAGCAUGUCGCAGCGGCUCUGAAAGCAAACCCACAGCCGCUGUACGGCCAAUCACACAUGACCCAACGAGCCACGCCCUUAAACCGACCGCACCCAGUCCUUCCUUGAAACCACGCAGUCCGUCGUUGAAGCCACGCAGCCCUUCUCAACGGGAGGCUUCGAAACCUUCGUCACCCAGUUCUAGAUCAUUGUCACCUGGCUCGCCUACCUCACUUACUCUUUUCCCAAGUGUACAGUCACGCCCCACUACCCUGGAUCAGUCAGACACUUUGUCUGGAGCACCAGAUGUGAACAAAGAACGGCCUAUUCCGGCCCCUAGAAUGUCCCUUAUACAGCUGACCCCAGAGGAUGAGUCUAGCACUCCCUUGUAUGCACUCCCUGCCAAGGAUAACCCUGUGGAAUGUGUUGUCCCCAGCCCGCCUGCUAGGGACGUCCCACCUCUACCACCUAGACAGUCCGUGUUUAGCAUUGAGAGUAGGAGUCAAGCAAUAGAUAAAGCUGUGGAGAAAUCAAAAUCGAACAUUCCAAAAAAGCCUCCAAGAAAAACCAAGCCAGUGGCUCCACAUCUUGAUCUGAAAAUUGCUUCGUCAGAGACUUCAAUGGUACAACAUUCCCCACCACCCAAUCAAAAUGUAUCACUUCCUGUCAUGGCUGACUCAGCAGUUCCUGCUUCCCAGCAUUCCACCCAGCAUUCUGACCAAUCACAUUUCAGUAUUGAUGACAGCUGUGAUAGUAGUUCUACUAAGGCAACUGAUGCAACAAAACCUUCUUAUACUGAUUGUCAAGAUGGAACACAUUGCGAAUCUAAAUUAUCUGACACUCUUGAAUGCUCAGCUAACCCUAAAACUUGCAAAACUGCUGUAAAGAGUGUGAAUUUACAAAUGAACAAACCAAAAUCACGUCCAGUGUCUGAAGUGAAACCUCAGGUCCAUUCUAAAGAAGAUAGUACAACAGAAACAAAAGUUGACAAUUAUGGCAUUCUUUUCCCAAAUUUAACCACUAAAAUGCACAAGGACUCCAACAAAGAAGCUUUAAGUGCCACUGGUGAUGAGUAUGUCGUGCCUUCAACUUUGGCAGAAGAUGAGAAACAAAAGAAAACAGUGGAGAGCUCUAAAUGUGCGUCUGUCGAAGCUGCUGAUGAAACUGCCUACAUGCCAAUGUCAGGAUGUGGGGAUGAGCUUGAUGGUUCAGCAGACGUCAUGAAAGAACAUGACUAUUGUGAGAUUUCUGAGAACAGUCCUUCCGAGGGGUCUGAGUGUUCCCUGCUUUAUUCAUCUAUUGAUGAGGUAAGCCAGUCAGGAAAGGCAACUGAAAAAGCGUCGUCAGUGUCAUCUGCUGCUACAAAAAAGGCUACACUACCCGCUUUGACGGACAGAAGUGUUGACCUUGAAAAAGGUAUUGGUCACAUGAGUCACUCAAAGCCUCUCCACCUUGAUUUUCGCAAGGGUUGUGUCUCGGGCCACACCCCCCUAACCCCCACAGGCUACCAUCAACCUCCCACCCCUGACUUCCCCCCACCCUCCCCUGCAACCGCAUUGCUGGGUAUCGAGAAAAAGAUCAAACAAAUGGAUUCCAAACGCAAAUCCAGGGAUGGCUCAUCACUAACUGACACACUUGCUGAAUAUGAUGCAGUCAGCAAACAAGGCAAGGGAGUUAAAGUCAAGGUCACAGACACUGAACCAGAAAUAUCUCAAGUGCAAGAAUCUGAUGAAGAAAAAGCACAAGACACAAACAGUGCUGAAUGUAAGGACAAAAGUGAGGCUGCUGUGAUAAUUGGUGCAGAAAUGGAUAAAGCGGAAACUGAACCUCAGUCUGUUGCAAGCGAUGAUGGCAAACAAAGAACUGUGAUAGAUCAACCUAGUUCAAGCAUUCCAGAGUCUUCCAUUCCAGUACAGGCUGUGAUAGGGGCAAGUGAUUCUGUCAAAGACGCAGGCAUGGAAAAGCCUCAAGUGAACCCAAAACCGUUUCGUCAAAGGAAGCCAGUAGAUGGAAGUGCUAGUAUGAAAGUGUUAAGUGGAGAUAAUGCUAACAAAGAUACUGAACACUCUGAUGAAACCAGUGAAGCCUACAUGAUAGAAGCGGUAACUGAAGACAAGUCGAUUGAAGAAAUAUGUAAGACAGUUGAUAAUCCUGGAAAUACAGGCGAUAGUGUAGACAAAAGUAAACCUGUAGAGGGGUCAACUUCACCUAAAGGAUCAGGAGGGGAGUCAAUACCCCAAGGGUCAGUGUCACCUGAAGUGGGGUCACUUGCACCUGAGAAGGCAACUUUGCCCCUCGGUUCAACUAUGAGCGAGGGAUCAGCUAUGCCCCAAGGGCUGGUCCCUCCCACUGGGUCUGACUCGCCCAUCGUGAUGCGCAGACCAAGCAGAUCGUCAGCUGACAGGGAUCUGGAUGUAUUUAAAGGCUCCAAUGCGGAUAACUCGUGUUACUCGCGUUACUUUCCGAGCGUUGUACAUACAUUCACAAUGCUUGAUAAGCCGGAAAUCGAAAAUACAUUACUGUUCUAUUUUUAAGUACAUGUUAUUAUGAUAUCGUGUUAUAUAUUAUGUUGUUAUUGCAUCAUUGCCUAUAUA